GGUACCGCCGUGACAUCACCCCGCGGCUUAUAUAGUUGGGGAAGGGUCUGGGUCCCCCGUCUGGUGCCUGCAGCCGCCCGUCAGCACGCGUGCGGAGGGCGAGGAGCGGCGGGGCUCUGUCUGUCUGUCUCUCUGUCUCUGUCUCUGUCUCUCUCUCCGUCUCUCCCUAGGAUUUAUGGACUUUACUUUCUAGAGGGCGGCGCGGCAAGGAUGAGAGUGCAGCUGGUGUGCGUGGUGCUGCUGGCCCUGGCCUCCUGCAGCCUCUGCUCGGAUUCAGAAGAGGAAAUGAAAGCAUUAGAAGCAGAUUUAUUGACCAAUAUGUACACAUCAAAGAUUAACAGAGCAAAACUUCCUUACUGGAAAGUGACCCUGCUAAAUGUCUGCAAUCUUGUCAACAACAUAAACAACCAAAUGGGGGAAACAGUAGAGGUAGAUGAGGAGGAUCUGGUUCCAGGAAGACAGUUCCCUGCCGCUCUGGAUGGCUUCAGCUUGGAAGCAAUGCUGACAGUAUAUCAACUCCAAAAAGUUUGCCACAGCAGAGCUUUUCAGCACUGGGAGUUACUACAGCAAGAUGCUUUUGAUCUGGAGAACUCAAGCCAAGAAAAAGAAAUCAUGAAGAGAAAAAAUCCCUAUAUUCUGAAACGGCAGCUACAUGUGAACAAAGCUAGAAGACCAUACAUACUCAAGAGAAGUUCAUAUUACUGAUGCAGCAGAAGAAACAAUGUAUAUUUAGUUCAUAGGUAACUGUGCAUUAUGGUUAUCUUAUCUAAAUCUAAAAUCAUACUUGUGUGAAAAUAUACUCUGGAAAAUCAAGAUGAUAACAUAGCUGUGUCUUUUUUGCAAUUGCUGUUUCUUGAUUGUGGAUUUUUCCUACUUGAGAUAAUUGGACUAAUACAUUUGCGAAUAAAACUAGUUUUUAAGCAUGA